CGAAGCCUCAUGUCCCAGUCAGCGGUAAACUGUCAGGCUUUGUUCGGCGCUUGCUACAUCGGCUGAGGCUCAGACAUCAGACCCCCUGCCUUUGGGGCAGCCUUCUCUUUCCAUCAACAAGCUGCCUCUUGUCCCUUUUCCUUUCCUUUGGUCUCAGUCUCUGUCGCUUCUCGUCACCUGGCCAGGUGCCUCAAACGCUUUUACCCACCGACAGGCUCAUUCCCCACGGAUUUCCUCUCGACUCGGCCCCGUCUCCAGGUAAUCGCCCAUCAUGGCUAGCGAGGAAAGACCUUUGGGCGUGACGCCGCCCAUCUCCUCCGCCCUCCCAACCGAAGCAGAGAACCAUGCGAUGCAGACCCUUAUCGACGAGCUUCGGAGGCAGAACACUUUUGAGAGCCCUGCAGACACCCAAAAAAGGGAAAAGGUUCUUGAGCAUCUUGCGCGGAUAUGCGACGAGUUCGUCAAACGAGUGGCCCGGGAACGGGAAAAGGGCAACGACGCCCUCAUCAGAGAUGCCAGAGGCAAGAUCUUUACCUACGGCAGCUACCGCUUGGGCGUUUAUGGCCCAGGCUCCGAUAUCGAUACCCUUGUCGUCGCCCCGAAAUACGUUACCCGCGCCGACUAUUUCGAGAUCUUUCCCAACCUGCUCAAAGAGAUGGCCCCUCCCGGCGCCAUCACAGACAUGGCUGUUGUUGCCGACGCUUUCGUUCCCAUCAUCAAGUUCGAAUUUUCUGGCAUCAGCAUCGACCUGAUCUUCUCCCGCAUUGCCAUGCUUAAGCAGUUGCCCAAGGACUUCAACGUUCAGGAUUCCGGCCUGUUGCGAGGUCUCGACGAAGCAGAGCUGCGAUCCCUCAACGGCACUCGGGUGACAGACGAGAUUCUUAGUCUUGUCCCCGAGCAAGCUACUUUCAAGUUAGCCCUGCGCGCCAUCAAGCUUUGGGCUCAGCGACGUGCCAUCUACGCCAACAUCAUGGGAUUCCCCGGCGGUGUGGCAUGGGCUAUGUUAGUUGCCCGUGUCUGUCAAUUGUACCCGAAAGCAGCAAGCUCCGUCAUUGUCAACAAGUUCUUCCACAUCAUGCGCCGCUGGCCGUGGCCUCAGCCGGUCCUUCUCAAGCAGGUCGAGGGCGGUCCCCUCCAAGUCCGCGUUUGGAAUCCCAAGCUUUACAAGGGUGACCAGUUUCAUCUUAUGCCCGUCAUUACCCCCGCCUACCCCUCCAUGUGCGCCACUUAUAACAUCACACGAUCGGCCAUGACUGUCAUACAGCAAGAACUCCAAAGAGGUUGCGAUAUUACAGACGCUAUCAUGUUGGGCAGAAGCCCAUGGAGCGACCUUUUUGUCAAGCAUACGUUCUUCACCCAGGGAUACAAGUACUACAUCUCUGUCAUCACUUCCAGCACAGAUAAGGAAGCCCACAAGGUUUGGUCGGGCUACGUGGAGUCUAAAGUGCGCGUGUUGGUUCAAGGUCUGGAGCAGCAUCAGUCGAUAGCGUUGGCCCAUGCGUUCAACAAAGGGUACGAACGCCGACACAGGUGCGCCAAUGAGACAGAGGUUCAUCAAGUCCAAGCUGGGAACAUGUCCUUCCUGGUCAAAGAUGGCGAGGUUCACGACACAAGUUCGGUCAAGGUCGAGACGGAGGCGGGGUUGAGUAACAUGCCCGUGCUCAAGUCUGGACCGGCGGAAACGACCCUAGGGAUUAAAGAGGAAAUGGAACCGGCUGACAUCAAGCAAGAGAUGUCAUCAGCUGCCAACCUCAAGGCGGAGAAAGAGGACGAUUCUGUUCCGGCAAUCGACGUUUUCACCACCACGCACUACAUAGGACUGACACUGAGUGAAGGCGCGAAAUCGCUCGACUUGUCCUAUCAAGUCGACAACUUCAAGUCACUGUGUACGACAUGGGAGAAAUACGAUCCCACGUUGAACUGCCUGGCCGUCCAACACGUGCGAAGUUUUAACCUUCCCGAAGAUGUUUUUGAGCCGGGCGAGAAAAAACCCCAGAAACCUCAAAAGAGGCAAGCAAAUGCGAACGGCUCGGCACAGAUCAAGAAACGAAGCGCUUCAGAGGAAAAUCAACAGCCGCCGGCCAAGCGCCAACAGGCUUCCGUUACGGCUGCUGGCUGAACAUCCUUCGGGGACGCCCCACCCCAUAUACUUCUGCUUCGAGACCGCACAGGAUCCCAGCAUUUGACAUGUCGCCAUCACGUCGUCGUGGUGUUUUGCAGCCAUGGCAACGUAUUCGUUUGCCCCUGAUCUGCUGACCGACAGGUAAACUUACAAGACUGCUGUUCCAAUCCAGCUUGGCCUGACGAAAGCAAUUGACCACUUGGCAAGAAGUAGGUGCUGCCACCAUACCGGUCCGAGACCUUUUGAGUCUCUUCCACAGGCGGCUGUUGAGCGAAAAAUAAGCAAAACAACAAAAAAUAAAAGACCUAGUACGUAUUGUGGACUUUUUGGUAGGUUGCUUUCGGAGAUUUGCUCGCUCUGAGCGACCUGGGAAUAGCAGAGACUACUAAAGAGCAAUUCAGGGACGUCGCUGGCAUCUAAAAGGAUUGCAAAGGAGCAUGCACUUUGCAUGCACGGCAAAUCUAUUUGCUUUGCCUGACCGGACCGACUUCUCAACCCUUUGAGGUCAAUUGUACAUUAGAUGUCAUAAUGCUUAGAGGAAUAGACUCUACCCUAUCC